AUGACUUUGGAUAAGCAGAAGAAAAUCGAAAUAAAUUAGGAAAGCUAAUAAAUUCCAGAAAUUGCACAACUGAAGAAGCAAAAAGACACAUUAUUUGGAAAAUUGUUCAGAGCAAUGAGCUUAAUAAACAAGAAGAAUAAGGAAAUUGAAUCUUUAAGUGAUAGAUUGAAUAAAUAAAAAGCUAUCAUUGAAGAAUUAACAUCCUCAAACUCAGAAAAUUUGGCAAUUGAGAUCGAACCAUAAUAAAUUGAACUUCAGAGUGCUCCUAACAAUUUAAUUGAAGAUAAUGGUAACUUAGAACUGAUCAAUACUGAACAAUUCAAUAAAUUGAAAACUGCAAAUGAUAAAUCUUUGAGUAAAUUAUUCAGAGCUAUGUUUUUGAUUUCCAAAAAAAAUAACCAAAUAGAUGAAUUGAAUUCGAGAUUACUAUAAACAAAAAAGCUAUAAUUGAAGAAUUAUCUCAAAACGAUAAUGCUUAAUAAUAAAGAGAGAAGAUUCAUAAGCUAUGGGGCAAACUCUUUAGAGCAGUCAAAACUGAAUGAAGAGUUGUAAGAACGAUUAUAAAAAAGUAAGGCAGUUGUAGAUAGUUUACUCAAUUAAGUUCCUCAAAAGGAAGAAGAGAUAGUUUCUGAAAGUAAAUAAUCUGAUCAAAAUGAGAUAACUGGGCAAACGGAAAAAAUUUAACGCUUAGAGGCUGAUUAAUAGCAAUUAAAAAAUAGAAAUAUUAAAUUGACUUCCAAAAAUGUUUAGGAUUAUGAUCAAGUUAAGUCAAAAAGAUAAAGUCAUUCUAUCCUUGUCAGACCGCCUUCAAACAGCAAAGAGCUAAUAAAUGAUGAAUUAUAGAAUUAAAUAGUUAAUACUCUCUAAGCAUAACCUGAAAGUGAAACAAAAGAGAUCGUUGUAAAACAGUUAGAGAUAAAUCCAGAAGAGUUCAAUAAGAUUAAGCAUUCAAACAACAAAUCUUUAGCCAAAAUAUUCAGUUUGGUGUUCAAAUUAAAUUAAAAGGAGAAGAUUAUUGAUGAAUAAAAUUAAAGAAUUGCUAAAUUGAAAUCGAUAAUUUCUGAAUUUGCACUCAAUGAUGACUCAUUAAAAAAGUUAAAACGACAAAAAUCAUAAGUUGCUGGCUUAAUAAUUUAGAAAAUUGAAGAACUCAAGAACAGAUUGAUUAAAUCUAAGUAAUUGGUUGUUGAAUAAUAAGAUAUAGUUGAAAAUUUGUAGUAACAACUUCAAAAUAAUGUGAUCCUGAACCAAGAACAAGAUACUCCAAAAGAGUAAUCUUAGGAAUAAUAAGGAAUUGAUCUUUCGAGUAAAGAUGAAGAAAUUUAAAGAUUAAUUAGACAAAAGAACAAAUAACUGGGAAAGCUUUUCAAAGUAAUGAUUUAGUUUGAGAGAAAGAAUAAAGAAAUCGAAUAGUUAUCAUAGAAGUUGUUGAAAUAGAAAGCAAUAAAUGAUGAAUUAUUAUUGCAAAAUUCAAGUGACGAAACGGAAGUAAGCUCCUAAUCUUAACAGAAAAAUGAGCAUGAACAAGAAGGUGUUCAAAAUAAUUAAGAAAUAAAAGAGUUAUAAGAAGAAAAUGAGAAGCUCAAAUAAGAAUUGAAAAAGUAAUCGAAUUAGAAUAAUAGAUGGUUAGCCAAAUUAUUUAGAGCUUUACAUGAUAUAAAGAGUAAAAAUAGUUUGGUGGAAUCACUUAAUCAAAAGUUAGCAAAACAAAAAGCCAUAAAUGAGGAAUUGAGAGAGCAAAUCAAGAUGAAUGAAGAAGAAAUAGAAAAUGUUGAAGUAGUGAAAGAAAAUUCUGAACAAUAAGUAGAAUCAGCACCAGCAUCACAAGAUGAUGGAGAAGGAUUAAAAAAGCUCAGAAGUCAGAAUAAUAAAUUGCUGGGCAAAUUAUUCAGAGUGAUGAGUUAAUUCAACAAAAAGAAUAAGGAAAUUGAGGAAUUGAAGGAAAGAUUACAUAAAUAGAAGGCAAUUUUAGAUGAAUUAAGCAAUUCAAACAACGCUUCCGUUUCAGAAGAAAAAGAAGAUGACUUUGGAUAAGCAGAAGAAAUCGAAAUAAAUUAGGAAAGCUAAUAAAUUCCAGAAAUUGCACAACUGAAGAAGCAAAAAGACACAUUAUUUGGAAAAUUGUUCAGAGCAAUGAGCUUAAUAAACAAGAAGAAUAAGGAAAUUGAAUCUUUAAGUGAUAGAUUGAAUAAAUAAAAAGCUAUCAUUGAAGAAUUAACAUCCUCAAACUCAGAAAAUUUGGCAAUUGAGAUCGAACCAUAAUAAAUUGAACUUCAGAGUGCUCCUAACAAUUUAAUUGAAGAUAAUGGUAACUAGAAACUGAUCAAUACUGAACAAUUCAAUAAAUUGAAAACUGCAAAUGAUAAAUCUUUGAGUAAAUUAUUCAGAGCUAUGUUUUUGAUUUCCAAAAAAAAUAACCAAAUAGAUGAAUUGAAUUCGAGAUUACUAAAACAAAAAGCUAUAAUUGAAGAAUUAUCUCAAAACGAUAAUGCUUAAUAAUAAAGAGAGAAGAUUCAUAAGCUAUGGGGCAAACUCUUUAGAGCAGUCAGUGAUUUGAAUGUGAAGUAGAAACUGAAUGAAGAGUUGUAAGAACGAUUAUAAAAAAGUAAGGCAGUUGUAGAUAGUUUACUCAAUUAAGUUCCUCAAAAGGAAGAAGAGAUAGUUUCUGAAAGUAAAUAAUCUGAUCAAAAUGAGAUAACUGGGCAAACGGAAAAAAUUUAACGCUUAGAGGCUGAUUAAUAGCAAUUAAAAAAUAGAAAUAUUAAAUUGACUUCCAAAAUGUUUAGGAUUAUGAUCAAGUUAAGUCAAAAAGAUAAAGUCAUUCUAUCCUUGUCAGACCGCCUUCAAAAGCAAAGAGCAAUAAAUGAUGAAUUAUAGAAUUAAAUAGUUAAUACUCUCUAAGCAUAACCUGAAAGUGAAACAAAAGAGAUCGUUGUAAAACAGUUAGAGAUAAAUCCAGAAGAGUUCAAUAAGAUUAAGCAUUCAAACAACAAAUCUUUAGCCAAAAUAUUCAGUUUGGUGUUCAAAUUAAAUUAAAAGGAGAAGAUUAUUGAUGAAUAAAAUUAAAGAAUUGCUAAAUUGAAAUCGAUAAUUUCUGAAUUUGCACUCAAUACAAAAAAUCAUAAGUUGCUGGCUUAAUAAUUUAGAGUUGUGAUUAAGUUAGCAAAAUAAUAAUAAGAAAUUGAAGAACUCAAGAACAGAUUGAUUAAAUCUAAGUAAUUGGUUGUUGAAUAAUAAGAUAUAGUUGAAAAUUUGUAGUAACAACUUCAAAAUAAUGUGAUCCUGAACCAAGAACAAGAUACUCCAAAAGAGUAAUCUUAGGAAUAAUAAGGAAUUGAUCUUUCGAGUAAAGAUGAAGAAAUUUAAAGAUUAAUUAGACAAAAGAACAAAUAACUGGGAAAGCUUUUCAAAGUAAUGAUUUAGUUUGAGAGAAAGAAUAAAGAAAUCGAAUAGUUAUCAUAGAAGUUGUUGAAAUAGAAAGCAAUAAAUGAUGAAUUAUUAUUGCAAAAUUCAAGUGACGAAACGGAAGUAAGCUCCUAAUCUUAACAGAAAAAUGAGCAUGAACAAGAAGGUGUUCAAAAUAAUUAAGAAAUAAAAGAGUUAUAAGAAGAAAAUGAGAAGCUCAAAUAAGAAUUGAAAAAAUGGUUAGCCAAAUUAUUUAGAGCUUUACAUGAUAUAAAGAGUAAAAAUAGUUUGGUGGAAUCACUUAAUCAAAAGUUAGCAAAACAAAAAGCCAUAAAUGAGGAAUUGAGAGAGCAAAUCAAGAUGAAUGAAGAAGAAAUAGAAAAUGUUGAAGUAGUGAAAGAAAAUUCUGAACAAUAAAUGAUGGAGAAGGAUUAAAAAAGCUCAGAAGUCAGAAUAAUAAAUUCGCUGGGCAAAUUAUUCAGAGUGAUGAGUUAAUUCAACAAAAAGAAUAAGGAAAUUGAGGAAUUGAAGGAAAGAUUACAUAAAUAGAAGGCAAUUUUAGAUGAAUUAAGCAAUUCAAACAACGCUUCCGUUUCAGAAGAAAAAGAAGAUGACUUUGGAUAAGCAGAAGAAAUCGAAAUAAAUUAGGAAAGCUAAUAAAUUCCAGAAAUUGCACAACUGAAGAAGCAAAAAGACACAUUAUUUGGAAAAUUGUUCAGAGCAAUGAGCUUAAUAAACAAGAAGAAUAAGGAAAUUGAAUCUUUAAGUGAUAGAUUGAAUAAAUAAAAAGCUAUCAUUGAAGAAUUAACAUCCUCAAACUCAGAAAAUUUGGCAAUUGAGAUCGAACCAUAAUAAAUUGAACUUCAGAGUGCUCCUAACAAUUUAAUUGAAGAUAAUGGUAACUUAGAACUGAUCAAUACUGAACAAUUCAAUAAAUUGAAAACUGCAAAUGAUAAAUCUUUGAGUAAAUUAUUCAGAGCUAUGUUUUUGAUUUCCAAAAAAAAUAACCAAAUAGAUGAAUUGAAUUCGAGAUUACUAAAACAAAAAGCUAUAAUUGAAGAAUUAUCUCAAAACGAUAAUGCUUAAUAAUAAAGAGAGAAGAUUCAUAAGCUAUGGGGCAAACUCUUUAGAGCAGUCAGUGAUUUGAAUGUGAAGUAGAAACUGAAUGAAGAGUUGUAAGAACGAUUAUAAAAAAGUAAGGCAGUUGUAGAUAGUUUACUCAAUUAAGUUCCUCAAAAGGAAGAAGAGAUAGUUUCUGAAAGUAAAUAAUCUGAUCAAAAUGAGAUAACUGGGCAAACGGAAAAAAUUUAACGCUUAGAGGCUGAUUAAUAGCAAUUAAAAAAUAGAAAUAUUAAAUUGACUUCCAAAAUGUUUAGGAUUAUGAUCAAGUUAAGUCAAAAAGAUAAAGUCAUUCUAUCCUUGUCAGACCGCCUUCAAAAGCAAAGAGCAAUAAAUGAUGAAUUAUAGAAUUAAAUAGUUAAUACUCUCUAAGCAUAACCUGAAAGUGAAACAAAAGAGAUCGUUGUAAAACAGUUAGAGAUAAAUCCAGAAGAGUUCAAUAAGAUUAAGCAUUCAAACAACAAAUCUUUAGCCAAAAUAUUCAGUUUGGUGUUCAAAUUAAAUUAAAAGGAGAAGAUUAUUGAUGAAUAAAAUUAAAGAAUUGCUAAAUUGAAAUCGAUAAUUUCUGAAUUUGCACUCAAUGAUGACUCAUUAAAAAAGUUAAAAGACAAAAAUCAUAAGUUGCUGGCUUAAUAAUUUAGAGUUGUGAUUAAGUUAGCAAAAUAAUAAUAAGAAAUUGAAGAACUCAAGAACAGAUUGAUUAAAUCUAAGUAAUUGGUUGUUGAAUAAUAAGAUAUAGUUGAAAAUUUGUUGUAACAACUUCAAAAUAAUGUGAUCCUGAACCAAGAACAAGAUACUCCAAAAGAGUAAUCUUAGGAAUAAUAAGGAAUUGAUCUUUCGAGUAAAGAUGAAGAAAUUUAAAGAUUAAUUAGACAAAAGAACAAAUAACUGGGAAAGCUUUUCAAAGUAAUGAUUUAGUUUGAGAGAAAGAAUAAAGAAAUCGAAUAGUUAUCAUAGAAAGUUGUUGAAAUAGAAAGCAAAUAAAUGAUGAAUUAUUAUUGCAAAAAUUCAAGUGACGAAACGGAAGUAAGCUCCUAAUCUUAACAGAAAAAUGAGCAUGAACAAGAAGGUGUUCAAAAUAAUUAAGAAAUAAAAGAGUUAUAAGAAGAAAAUGAGAAGCUCAAAUAAGAAUUGAAAAAGUAAUCGAAUUAGAAUAAUAGAUGGUUAGCCAAAUUAUUUAGAGCUUUACAUGAUAUAAAGAGUAAAAAUAGUUUGGUGGAAUCACUUAAUCAAAAGUUAGCAAAACAAAAAGCCAUAAAUGAGGAAUUGAGAGAGCAAAUCAAGAUGAAUGAAGAAGAAAUAGAAAAUGUUGAAGUAGUGAAAGAAAAUUCUGAACAAUAAGUAGAAUCAGCACCAGCAUCACAAGAUGAUGGAGAAGGAUUAAAAAAGCUCAGAAGUCAGAAUAAUAAAUUGCUGGGCAAAUUAUUCAGAGUGAUGAGUUAAUUCAACAAAAAGAAUAAGGAAAUUGAGGAAUUGAAGGAAAGAUUACAUAAAUAGAAGGCAAUUUUAGAUGAAUUAAGCAAUUCAAACAACGCUUCCGUUUCAGAAGAAAAAGAAGAUGACUUUGGAUAAGCAGAAGAAAUCGAAAUAAAUUAGGAAAGCUAAUAAAUUCCAGAAAUUGCACAACUUGAAGAAGCAAAAAGACACAUUAUUUGGAAAAUUGUUCAGAGCAAUGAGCUUAAUAAACAAGAAGAAUAAGGAAAUUGA